AUGCCAUCUGCAAUCGAGCCGUGUUGCGCUCAAAUCCCACAACGAUGGGUGUUCGUUUUCAUGGGAUUUCUCGCUCUGUUCAGUGCAUACGCCAUGCGGGUCUGUCUAUCCAUUACAGUGACGCAAAUGGUGGUGCCCAUCCACGAGAAGACGACCAAUUUUACCGACGACACGUGUCCUGGACUCGAAAACGAUGCUCCCGACCGUCCGACUGCUUUCACGGGUGGGACCUACGAGUGGAGUGAAUACGAGCAGGGCGUUAUCCUCUCCUCGUUCUACUGGGGCUACACACUCACCCAGAUCCCCGGGGGCAUGAUCGCCGAGCGCUUCGGCGGCAAGUACACCCUUGGCCUCGGGAUCCUCGUGACCGGCGCGCUAACAACCCUGUCACCCCUGGCCGUCCACUUGGGCGGCUCGAGGGCCCUGAUCCUCCUGCGCCUUGUCUCCGGCCUCACCUGCGGUGUGAUGUUCCCAGCAGCAAAUGUCAUGCUCUCGCACUGGAUUCCCGUGGAGGAGCGAUCGAUGGCCGGUUCUCUCGUCUUCGCCGGGGCACCCCUGGGCACCGUCUUCGCGAGCGCCCUCUCAGGUCUGAUCCUCGAACGCUCGAGCCUCGGCUGGCCGGGGGUCUUCUACUUCUUCGGUGGCUUUGGCAUCCUCUGGUUCCUCCUAUUCGUCAUCCUCUGCUACGACAGCCCGGACGAGCAUCCCUUCAUCUCCGACGCGGAGGCCAAGUUCCUGCAUGACCGACUGAGCCAGCACAAGCACCGGGAAGUCCCCGUGGUACCUUGGGGACGUAUCCUUCGCUCAAAAGCCGUUUGGGCCCUCAGCGCGGCGUCCAUCGGCAACGGCUGGGGCUUUUUAACUCUAGUCAGUGACCUCAACAAGUACAUGUCAAGUGUAAUGAAGUUCUCGAUCCGGGACAAUGGCUACCUGUCGGCACUGCCGUACCUCUUCAUGUGGCUUGGGAGCCUGAUAACCUCGUGGCUUUCGGACUGGCUUGUGGCGACCAAUCGGGCGACCACUACGAAGGUCAGGAAGUUCGGGACCACAGUUGCCUCGGUGGGCCCGGCGGUUUUCCUCAUCGGAGCGUCGUAUGCCGGUUGCGACAGGGUCGCGGUCGUCACUGCCAUCACCGCGGCCAUGUUCCUGCUCGGCAGCUCCUUACCCAGUGUCAAGGUCAACGUGCUCGACCUCACCCCGAACUACGCGGGCUCCCUCAUGGCGUUGACCAACUGCAUGGCCUCCGCCACGGGGAUACUCACGCCGUACGUCGUUGGGCUGCUGACGCCGAAUCAGACGCUGGCCGAGUGGCGUGUGGUGUUUUGGAUCGUGGCUGGCGUGCUGCUCGGGACGAACGUUGUGUUUGUCCUGUGGGCCAGCGGGGAGGUCCAGGAAUGGAACAAUCCGGAGUUCCUGAGGAAGGACAAGCGAGGCGAGGGCGAGGUGUCGAAAGAGGAGCUGGUACUGCUGCCGGCACCCGUCGUCAUCAAGGAGGCAUUGUGAUUCCUCGCAACACGUGGCCUUUCAUUGAUGACCUCUUUUUUUUUGCAUGUGAAACGUGGGCGUGGGUUUCGAGUGUUGUAUGUUAUCGACGCUGGG